AUGAUUUGGUAUCUGCUCUAUCCUUUUAGGGGGACCACCGAAGCUCCCGUGCUGGGUCCAACCCACCCUCUGCGCAGCGCCUUCACGCGGUACGGGAGAUAUGCCGCCAGCCAUGUCGUCACGACCCUGUUGACAUCCGUCGCUGUCGCCGCCGUCCUCAUCUACCCGUUUCCCUUCCUCUAUACCAAAGACUUCACCAAUGGCGCCUCCAGUCUUCCCAACCAUGUUUGGACCGACGCCCAGCCUCUCGAGGAGAGGAACGUCCAGGAGCCCGAUGUUAUAAUGCGAUCGAUAUGGGUCCACGGGAGCUACUUCCAGGCUCUAGAUAAGGAAGUCCUGCUGGCUGCGCUGGAGCUGCAAGAUGAACUGCUUGGGCCGACUGUCGACUUCGAUCCCCGCCAGCUGCCCGACAACGAAACCCUCGAUUUGCCCGACAUAGCGACCGCUCGACACCUCUCCCCGCAACAGCGUGAUUCAUUCCAUGUUGCCAACGGCCUUACCAACGAGUCAUGGUUCUUCCACUCCCCACUUCAGUAUUGGUCCUGCUGUUCAGAUGCCAUAGAGCAGGAUGGUGAUAUUCUGGCGACGGUAAACGAGCGGAAGAACCAGCCCACGUUUGUCAACACAACCUUGAGACAUUCGAAUGUCUUCAGCGGGAAACGUUUCGAAGACCGCCGUCUUGUGGCUGCCGAUGCCUUGGUCAUUACUCUCGUCCAUCUCCGAGACUCGCCAAUCGGCCGUCUAUGGCAGGAGAGGGCUCAAGCACUUGCCAGCAGGAUGACCGACAAGUGGAGAGUGUUCACUCCUCAGGAUGGCAAGUCGGCUCAGCUAUACGAAUUUCAGUUCCGCCCUAUGUCGUCUCAAGAUGUUUGUCUUCUGGGGCUCGCAUACCUGCUUGUCCUGAUAUACUUCCUGUAUAGUCUGUCCAAGUUACGAGCUGUCAAAUCCAAGGUUGGGCUGAUGGUCACGGUGGUGGCCCAGAUCGUUCUUUCCAUCAUGUCAAGCUUCACCAUAUGUGCCAUUUUCAAGAUCGAUCUAUCGAGGAUACCCCGGUUCGGGUACCCGCUCAUCAUAUUCUCUAUGAGUCUUGAAAACAUAUUUCGACUCAUCAACUCCGUCAUCCUCACUCUAUCCGAAGACAACACAAGCAACAGGAUCGGCCACGCAUUCGGCGAGACUGGCCAUAUUGCAGUCGCUAGCGUUGCACAAAACCUGCUCAUCCUAUAUGGCCUAUCUCAGAUUGUGUCUCCCGGUGUCUCUGCAUUCUGCACAUUCGCAGCGAUCGCGUUGAUACUCGAUUUCUUCUACCUUUCGACCUUCUUUCUUUCAGUCCUCAGUGUCGACGUGCGGAGAACCGAGCUGAGUGAUGCCCUUGCGAAAGCCUCGAUACGAACUCAUCGCUCACCUUCAGAUCCCCAGCCACGGCAAACGUGGAUGGAUGCAAUGCUGCAGGGCAAGAUAGCCAUGUCAACCCGAAUAGCUGGUACCAUUAUCAUGGUGGGCUUUGUUCUCAUCACCCAGUGGCACUUCUUCGAGAAUGAGAGUGUCAUGAGAACCCUCGCUCGCAUCAUGUGCGCUUCUCACAAAUACAAGCAUCUCAGCCCCUUACGACCUUCGUUACUCGUUGAUAUUCACCAGGCUAGGAGCCCGACUUCAUGGCUCCGUCUACAAGAUCACGAAACGGCCCGCGAAGUCAUUCACGUUGUGAAACCUGACGCCCAUAGCUACAUUGCCAAGGUUUUUGACCCUCACAUCUUCGUUCUGAAAGGUUCCGACCGGAUGCUCUCUGCUCAUGAGCGUAUACUCCCUCCAGCGGUUUACGACUUCGCACGCCAUCAAUCAGCUCCUUUCGUGGUGACGGUACUUGUCAUCGCCGCCGCCGUACGCCUCCUGAUGAACUAUCUCUUAUGGGAUGAGCUGUCCGAGACCAGCUCGGUUGACAGCCCCGGAGAAGAACCCCUACUUGCUGUGAAGACUUUGAGCAUAGGGCAUCAUCUGGACGUUGCCAUGCUUUCAGCUUCUUCCACCGGUCAUCUCGUAUCCGUUGGGCUGGAUCGCAUUAUCCGCGUGUGGGACGUUAGGACUAGUUGCUGUAGCUACGUCCUAGGUGACGAUAAAGCUGCCCCAAACAUCCCCUUCCCAAUCCUGGCCAUGUGCAUCGAAGACGAAUCUCAUUGGCUCGCCAUUUUGACGACAGACCGCGUUCUGCUGUGGAAUCUGGUCGAUCGCCAUUGGGGUCCUCCAAUCAAGGUAGAUCGCUACCGGCAUAAACCAGAAGCCUUCUUCUUUGGCUACGACGAUUGUGCAUCGAUACCUCCUCUGACUCUUGUCCGCCGAGAUGGUGUCGUGGCCGAACUGAGGUCAGACAAGAGACAUACGAGUAGCUGUGUGACCACCGAGGAGAGUGUCAUCGUCUCAGCAGACUCUCUCAUUGAAAAGGCUUUCCCGACGAAAAUCAUGGCCUCUACUCGAGAGGGUGAUGUCCGUCUUAUUAUUCAAGAUGGGCACAAUUGGGAAUCGAGCAUACUCAGUGUCCAGCCUUCGAGAGAUCGAGAGUUCAUCUCGAUUCAGGCUCUGCCAGAUUUGGGGUUCUUUCUCAUCAUCAGGUCCCAGACCGUGGAUCUCGUCGAUUCACAAACACGCAGAGCCAUUUAUACAUUCAAGGUGGAUCCUAUCCAACCCAAGAGUAUGAAGGUUUUCCAUUCAAGACCACGACGGAUGCGAUGCGGUUCCGUGGCGUUAUGGAGCUUUACCCUUGCGUAUCUCAACACGUAUACCCGGGAUCUUGUGGUACAGACCUAUAGUCCACUGCAGGAGGGCGAAUCGCUCUGCUUCUGUGACCCAGCAUCACCUACAAGGAAAACAUGCUGCCCCUGGCAAAGAGCCAGAGAAACCAGGCGGGUCAUUCCAAACCCCGGCAUUUGGGAGGCUUUGCCGUCCGGAAUUAUGGUCGGGGUAAGACGAAAGGGAGCCGGGAAGCCACGAACAAAUGGUCUUCUACCACCGCAAACCCUCCAGCCACCAAAUAGCCUUCGGCGCCGCCAUCGUAGCAGCCUACCGACACAACAACACAUCGUCCAAGACGACUGGGAAGUAUGGAUGUUUUCUCAUUUCGGAAAACAAGAUACCUGGGAGACUGCGCCUCUAUGCGCAGAGGUCGAGGACGACGGACACCUCUUCGUCACGAAUCUCGGCCCGCUGGUCAGGGUUGGCAGCUCCAGCGUGGCCGUGGGCCUCAGUAAUGUAAUCAAAGUCAUCACAGUCGGUGUCGAACGAUUCGAAACGGCGGACGACUCGCAAACAGGGGACGGCAUGCCGCCGGCGAGCAGUCGUCGGCGUAAGGGGCCAUCGUCUCUUCGAAGCAAGCCUUCUGUGCCCUUCAAAUGCUGCUAA